GAGGAAAAUUUCAUCCAUUUCUCAGCAAAAAAUGGCGUGUUUUAAAUCGCCCCGGAUUCAGAAGGAAAUGAAAAAGAUUCAGAUGACGGGAGAGGUGAAGAGAAAAGUAGAGGCGAGUCGAGGAUACAAAGGGAAAGUCAUAACAGGACAUCGACGGCUGUGCAUUGCACAGAUCGGAGAACUCGAAUGUUUCUGGAAGUAUUUCCGCUCUCUUUCACCACUAUAGCUUAUUUCAUUGGCUCAGAUUUUCGCGUGAAUCGUCAAAUGUUUCGGAUCCCACUCCGAAGAAAGCGGCCAAAAAGAGAGAUUUAUAGAACUAUAUUGGUUAGUUUGAAGCAGAAACGUGAUUAAUAAAACGGAAGAAACAGGCGACAUGAAGACCCGGGACGUCUGGAUAGUAAAUGGGCUAUCAGAAAAGCUGGAGUUAGAAGGGCAUGAGCAACAUCUAACAACGAGUAUGACCAUAAGUGUCUCAAUAAGACUCGUUUCCUCUGGGCUCACCUCGUGUAAGAUCCACGGUGCAGCGGAUCUCCGAAGCGAAGGGUCAUUCCAGAUAUGGUCCUCUCUGCCCUGACUCUUCUGUCUGUGAUGGCCCUGACAGCGGGUGCCGUCUAUCAGUCAGUGCCAGUUGGACACUCGGUCACUCUGAACUGCAGUGGAUCAGCUGCUGGCUUGAGGGGAAUCCCUGAGGACCAGCUGCACAUUGAGUGGAAAAGAUCUGGAGAUCUAGUGUUUAACUUAAUAAGUGGAUCACCCUUCCCCGGCCCCGAGUUCAAGCACAGGGCAGCGGUGUCCAGAGAGAAGAUCAGUCAGGAGAAUUUCUCUGUGACCAUCAGCCCCACACGGUUCUCCGAUGAAGGUCAUUACGAGUGCUUCUGCGGCAAAGGGCAGGAACAGCUAACCUUUCUGGGAGAGGUCUACCUCGUCAUCACAGCUUUCUCAGAUGUCCUCACCCUUCAGUGUGGAAACACACUUUCUCUCCCUCUUCUCACUGCUGAUCCAGUGGAGGUGCUGUUUGAAAACUUGACUUCAGUGUGUUCUGUCCAGAACAGCACAGCCCGCUGUGUCCCCCAGUACAGAGAAAGAGUGUCGGUGCAGGAUGGCUCUCUGACACUGCGCUCCCUCACUCCAGCUGAUCAGGGGAGAUACACAGUGAGGGACCUUCAGGGAAACACUAUCAGCACUGUGACCCUCACUGUGGGAGGUGAGCAGGUCUACAGUAGGGUCACUAGAGGGCUCUAUAUUCUUGACAGAGUGUGUUCUUCUAUCAUCCUCUGUCCUGAUUGUCUUUCAGCUCACAGAGACACUGUCACCCUGCAGCCUGAAGCCUCUCUGUCUGUCCCUCUGUUCACUGGAGAGCCAGUGGAGGUGCUGUUUGAUCCUGCAGGAGGUGGAAACUGGACCUCAGUGUGUUCUGUCCAGGACAGCAUAGCCAGCUGUGUCCCCCAGUACAGAGACAGAGUAUCGGUGCAGGACGGCUCUCUGACACUGCGCUCCCUCACUCCAGCUGAUCAUGGCAGCUACACAGUGAGGGACCUUCAGGGAAACGCCAUCAGCACUGUCACCCUCACUGUGGGAGCUCCCAGGCCUUCAGAUGCUGGAGUGAGUUCUCGAACCUAUGUCAUGCUGAUCCCUCCCUUCCUGCUGCUGUUCUUAGCUCUGAUCUCUGGGCUCCUGGGCUCCAGGUGUCACUGGUGGAGAGGAAACACAACCUCUGGUGUCCAGAAACCGGACCGUCCAGUCUGAAGGCAGUGCUGUAGAUCAGUAUUUUACAGAUCAGUAUCAGCUUUGCUGAUUUCCAGAGCUCUGAAUGGUUUCGAAACCUGUCGUUUUUCUAUUGCAGACAAAGAUUAUAGGCUUUAGAUUAGAUAUUAAGAUCAAAGUUGCUGUUACUGGGGAGGGAGCCAUCUUGGAGCUAACAGUCACAGAUUCGAAACAUUUUCAUUCUCAGGGAUGAAUGUUAAAAAAAAACUUUGAAGUACUAAAAACCAUUACUUUAAAAGCUUUGAGUGAGUUAGCCUUUAGUUUUAGAGAUCAAUUUAUUGGCCAUACACAAUCUCUUGCAUUAGGGAUUUGUCUUUUCACAGACCCCAGCUUGCUCUCCAUGAGACACACAGACAGGGAGAGACGUUUGGGGUCAGAGCGCAGUGUCAACCAUUGUACAGCGCACUUGGAGCAUCUGGGGUUAAGGGCCUUGCUCAGGGACCCCAACGGAGUAGGAUUCCUCUGCCGGCCACGGAAUUUGAACUGGCAAACUCUUCCAGCCACAGAGCCACCCAACUGCCUUCUCUGUCCUCUGGGGUUGUGGCAGACUAUGAGACCUGCAAUGUUUUUGUAAUGCAGUCCGACUAGAAGCUGUUAACAGAAAUGUUACUUUUGAAGAUUAAAUCAAUUAGUAAUAUCGCUUUGCUGACUUUGGAUUCCUACUCUCCAAGACCAAAUCCACACUCUCACUGAGCAUUAACAAUAAUCAGACGUCCUGUAGGAUCCAUUAAUUACUUAUGUGUAAUAUAAUUACUAUUAUUAUAUAAUUAAUAAUAGUUGAUAAAUACUCUGUCAGAGUCACUGCCUUUAUAGCAGCCUAUGUCAGAGCACAACCGCAAUAAAUUACAUUCCAUUGAACUAUUUUAUCUUGUGCCUCAUUUUUAAAAACUUUUUAUUUGGUUCCUAUGUAAUGUACUUAAAUUAAAUAUAAACAAAAUCUCAGAGCAGAUUUCUAUCGAAACACAAUAUGAUUGUCUAUAUUAUAUUUUUGGAAGAAUGGGACUCUUCAUAAGCAGCUAGAAAUAUAUUUUUUUGCCCUUCAGAGUUCCUGGUAGUCAUCAGCCUACAAACCAUGAAGCUCUGAGUAAAUGAACACAAGAAUGGACUAGAAUCGGGGUUGAAAAUGAGACUCUUGGAUCAAGUAGCUACAAACAGCCAAGCAGCCCAGAUUCCUAAUCUAAUUUGUAUCCAUUCUUGUAGCGCUAAGAACAAUUGUCGAUAAGGAUCGCGAAAAUGUCCGGGCCUCCAAUGUUUUUUAUGUAACUUUAUUUGUAAAAUGUGCACAAUUUGUACU